AUGAGAGCUACACAAGCCGUCCCACGAUUUAUCCAAGAAAUAACGGACGUUUAUGCAAAAGAAGGGGAUAUCGCUUUGUUUGAAUGUGUUUAUUCUGGUAACCCCAAACCAGAUGUUGUUUGGUAUAAGAACGAUAAGCUUAUAAUGAAUACGGAGAAUGUGAAAGUACGUAUAUUUGAUGAAGAAAAUAGAACUACUCUAACGAUUAAGCAAACUACCAGAGAAGACGAUGCCACAUAUGUUUGCAAAGCUACCAACGAAGUUGGUAUGAUAGUAACGAAAGCCAAACUGCAUAUCGAUACUACUAGCGAAUCACGAUUAAUGCUGGAUGAUACGAUCAAAGAGGAAGAAAAAUUGGAUAUAAAACUGAAAAAACAAGAAGAGAAACCGCACAAAAAGAAGAAAACCGAGCUAAAGAAGGCAAAGGAGAUCAAAGAAAAAGUAAAAGCUGAACGUAUCAAAAUUGAGAAAGAAGAAAUCCGUGAAGAGAAGCUUAUUCCGAAGGAACAGAUAGAAGAAAAAAGAAUUGUCGAUGUUGAAGAGACCCAAUUACUAGAAACAACAGAGUUCAUAGAAAAUAAACCCGAGGAGGUUUCUAGAGCACGAAGAAUAGUACCGAUCCAAGAACCAAUUGUGACCGAAGCAACAGCUUCCUUGAAAAAAAUUGACGAUCAGAAACCACGUGAGCACAUACCUAAAUUCGAAAAACGUGCGAAACAAACUGUCGAAGAGCGAGAUAGUGUCGUCGUAUCAGAAAUCACGAGUGAAGAUAUUGCUCCUGAUUUCACCAUCGAAACAAAACUUGAUCACGCUCAAGUUACCUCAGAAACUCUAGAGAAAGUAUCGGUCUCCGAAGCACAUAUAGAAACUAGCGUGCAAGAAACGAAACGUAUAGAGACAAAGCAGAAAAAAGUAAAGAAAGUAAAAGCGGAAAAGAUUAAAGAAGAUAUUACCGUAAAGGAGAUUGUGGAGCGACAAAGAGAAAACAUAGCUCGGGAAGUCGAUGAGAUAAUGGAGGUACUUGAUGCAAAAGAAUUUGGCCCAGGAGAAUCUCCCCUUCGAGAACUCGCAACAAUUGGCUACUUGGUUCGACAAGGUGUUUCCGUAAACGAGAUCAACGAAUGUCUUUACAGAACUGAAAUCUUCCCUGCUUUAAAAACACCUGAUGCUCAGAACGCUUUGGUGCAGUUGGUGGAAAGAAAGGGCCACGGUCCCUUGAUCACUCAAGUACUUACCGAGGAGACGACAACUGACGAGAGUUUCGUUGCAGCGACAGUCGGUUUUCGUGCUUUUAUGAGAAUGGUCGAGCUUCAGCAUGCAACCGUAGAAGAAGUCAUCACACACUUUGCUCCGGAAGAUUUCAGGCCACGUGCUUGGGAAGUUACAGAAAUUUCAGAGGUUGAAACUGAGCAACAUGCUACGGAAAGAGUAGAUAUUGUUCGCAAAAUGGAAGUUCAUUUUAUGGAAUACGAGGACACACGGCAGGCACACACAACAUUGCGCAAACGCAAAGACAGAAAACCAAGGAAUCAAAUUGAAGAAACAACACAAGAUAGGGAAGAGGGGGUUCAAUUAAUAAAAAUCGAGGAGGUCGAGGAGAUUGAAAAAGAAAGAAAAAGGGAAGAAAUUGAAGAAGAGGUUAUUGAACUCGAACGGGACUCAAAGGGCAGAUUGAUUCACGAGAUGCAACUGGAAGAGAUAGAAGAAUUUGAAGUAAUAAAGGAUCAACUAUUGCCAUCUAUGGUUUUGAAUGUAUCUAGCCAGCGAACUCAAGUAAUACCAUUAGACCGAACAAUCGAGCAAGCACCUGGCAAACCUGAAUUUGAAAAAGCUAAAUACACAUUAAACACUGUUAUCGCGCUAACGGAACAAAUGACAUCGGUACAUGAAAAAGAAAUUGACCAAGUGACGAGGGUCAAACCUAUCGAACGUAAAGCGUCAAUAUCAAUCUCAUCUAUAGAACCAUAUUCAACCACAGAAACUACUGCACAUAUAUCUACUGAUGAUUUCUCUGGCUCCUUCAAGGCAACUUCUUACGAAGCUACACCUUCUGUAAUAAUGAAAGAAAGUCUUCUCAUCAGCGAAACACUGGCUCACGAUGAGGGUAUAUCAAAUCUAACUUUGACCACACCAGAAACGAGUCGAAAAGCAGACGUGCAGGUCACCGUGCAGGAAGCCGCAACUGUUAGAGAGACCAUAGUUAAUCAAAGCGAAAUACCCACCGACGAUUUUAUAACACCCUUAAGCGCUAAGGCGGAGGAUAUUGUCUUGCCGCAAAUAUCACUUUCGGUUUAUGAGAUACAGGAAGGUUUGACUGAAGAUAAAUUAGAACCUGUUAAAACGAUACUUACAAAACCUCGAGUUAACGUCAAUGCAAUUGAACCGUUAAUGGUGGAAGAGAUUCAUUCCGAAGAUAAACCAGGAAAAUAUUAUCCGGAAUUGAUAGUACCUACUGAAAUCGCUACCGAAACGAUAAUCUCGCAACGACAACACGUUACCGAAGAGAUGAACGCACCCGAAAAAGAAGGGGCAUACAUUCCAGGUAGAUUACCGCCGAGUCAAACAGCUCAAAUCGGAAUAUCCUACGGGAACGAAACAGCUAUUAUUCGUCACGAUCUCGUGCAGGAGCGUGAAGGGGAAUACAUUCCCGAGCGUAAAGUAGAUUCUUUCGAAGCUACACCAAAUGUCACUUUUCUGGAAGGAGUCGCGAUAUCAACAAUCGAUACUCAACAAAAAGAGGACGAUUUAACAAUCGAAGAGAGCAAACAGGUCACGGCCGACUUAAAUAUUGUUGAAAUUAUGUCAGCUGUGACGAUAGAGACGAUGACUUCCGAAAAAGAACGAGACUAUCGUCCCGAAGAAAAGCCUACUACUAAACUGGCCGUUACGUCGAUCUCUCCAUUGGAGAUUGGUUCUAUUACAGACACAAUUGUUCAAGAAUCCGAAGGAACUUAUAGUGUCGAUCAAAAACCAUCCGAAGUGCUGGCGGAAACGUCGGUCAGACCGGAAGAACACAUCUUGAUAUCUCAAGUUCAAACCGCGGAUUAUCCCGCGGAUUUAAAAGACACGCUCAAGUACGUCUCAGAGAGCGGUGUCGUAUCCAUUCAGUUGACCGAAGCGAAAACUGUCCUCGAAACGCUCACUCAUGAUCGAGAGGCCAGUAUGAAGGAAGAUGCUAAACCGGAAAUCCAUACGAUCGAGACGGUCUACGACGCUGUCAGAGGUAUCGAGAUAUCGCAGACUACUUCUAUAGAAAAAGAAGCCGAACUGAAAAUCUUUGAAAUGCCUGAAUCACAUCGCGGGAAAACGGUGCCCACUCAUCCAAUGAUCUCCCUUGAAGUUCAGGAAACUCAACCUGAAAAUGAUUUAGGUGAAGUCACGAAAGAAGCCUUACCAACUGCUAUAGCUAAAAUCGAAGCGGUCAGUCUGCAAGAAAUGAUCGUUGGCGAAACUGUUGCGGCGGAAGGUAUAGCUCCGGCGAGGAAGGAUAAGAGUCCUGAAACAAUGAUCGCCGAAAUCUCGAUGAACCAGAUUGAAAGCUUGCACACCACAAUGAUCGUAGCGGGGGAGAAAGAAACCGAAUAUCUUGAAACAACCGAUGUUAAGAGUGCGUUUGCAAAUACUGAAUAUAUGACACAAGUGGCUCCGAUAUGCGAACAAGUAAGAACAGAAUCGCCGACCGAAGAGUACCUAGUGGUAGACCAACCUGUAAGUGGAAAAGCAUAUCCAUCUCACGUUCCUAUAGAAACUAUCAGCAUCGUUAUGCAAGAAACCGCAGAAAAGGAAGACGUUUAUAAAGCGGAUGUAAAACCCGAGGGAAAAAUAGCGAACAUCGAACUCACGGAAACGAGGCCUGGUGCCAGCGUUUUAGAAAUAAUUCCACAUGAUCUCGAGAACGUUUACACACCGGAUACUGGACCAGAGACCCAUACGGUUGAAUCGUCCAUAACUGGUCACAUCAUCGCGUCGAAGGCAGAAAUCUUAGUGGAACAAAGUGCUGGAAAGAUAAGCAGUGACCUACCAAAAUCAGGCAAAGCGAUAGUACAACAAGAAACUCUGGAAGAGUUGAUAGUAACUGAAACAAAUGUCGGCGAAGCGGAGCGAAUCAGGGAUGAUGAUGCAAGUCCUAUUAAACAAAACGCCGCAGUUCAAGUAUGCGCUCGAUCUGAAAAACUGACCGUCACAGAAGUAACGACCGUACUGAAGGAAGAAGAAUUGUCAGUGGAAAAGUUGCCAGACAAACGAAAGGUUGUGUUAGACAUAACUGAAGGCCAUGAGAUAGCCGAAACACAGGAGAUGAUUCUUGCGAGCACUCUAAGUGCAUUGAAAGAAGAAAAACCGAGUCAGGAAAGUGCCAACCAAUUGCAAAGCGGACUAGACGUUGUACAACAAAUGGAAGUAUCGGUAUCUGAGAAAGAAUCUCCUUUAGAAACUGAUAUAAAACCUGAUAUUAAAAAGGUAGGUAUUACUUUCCAAGAAGGAGAGAGUCUGACAAUUGAAAUUACGCAUCCCGAGGACAAAGAAGAUAUCUUUGAUGAAAAGCAAGCGCCAAAAACAGCCGAAGCUACAAUUGACGUAGUAACACAGAACAUAGCAUCGACAUUUGAGAUUGUUAGUGACGUCGCUCCAACUGAAUUAUCUGCCAAACCUACUCAAGAAACACGUCCUAAAACGACAUUAUUACCAUUUGAAACAGCCGUCGCUGAAGAAGUGCAAACAAGAGAAACUGAAAAGCCUCUUCAUCAUAUGCCAGUGCCAGAGAAGAGAGCUAAUUUUGAAUUUGUAAUGGGUGAAGGCCUUAUUGUUUCUUCUGUAACAGCGGGUGACAAAGAAAGCACGCUAGCAGAAAUGGAGAAACCACAAUCGAAAUCUGCUAUUUUGGAUAUCCCUACUCAUACCGUGGCAGAAGCUGCUGAAGUAAACGCGACCGAUAAUAUCAGCGAAUUAAAACGCGAAGAGACGAUCUCCGCAAUGGCUACGACUGAGCACAUCACUCAUCAUAGUAUUGUUACGUCCGAAAUGUCAACUGGUGAUUCAGAACAACCUAUGCUUGAUUUCGUCAAACCAGAUAAGAAGAAACUCGACGUGUCAUUCGAAGAAGAAACAAGCGUAACAGUAAUUGAAACAAUUGCGUCUGACAAGGAGCGAGAAUAUUUGAAGAAACCGGAUAUCAUCGGUGAAAAAGUUACUACCAGCUUUGACGCGCAUAAAAUCGCCGAACUCACUGAAGUUACACCGGCCAUUUAUCUAGGAGACUUUGAUGUGAAAACACCAAUGAGAGCAGCUGCAAAAGAGGAACGUUUGCCGUUUGAGAGUAUCGUUCAAAGCGAAACUGUUGCAACAGAAACAGAAAUAGAAUUUCAGGAUAAACCAACCAAAACCGACACGGCUCAAAUAUCCAUCGAUGAGAUUAUUAGUGCAACUAUGUCUACCGAGAUUUUAGGCGAAAAGGAAGAUAUUCUCCAAAUUCCCGAAAGACCUACGGAGAAAAGAGCCGGGAUUCAAUUUGCCGGACAUAUUAUUGCUGAGAAGAGCGAAGUCACUCCAGAUUCCAGCGCUGGAGAAUUGAUGGAGACAAAACCGACUUCUAUUUCAGCUAUUUUCUCAAGUAUCCCAUUAGAAGCAAUAGUAGCAACGGAAACGCAGCCAACAGAAGCGGAGGCUAUACUUGGGAAAGAUAAAAUACCAUCCGUGGCUCAAGCUGAUCUUUCCAUGAUAAUGGAACAAAGUGUGCAGGUAUCUUCUGUAAUCUUGGAGGAUAAAGAAACUGAAUAUAAGCCAAAAGAAAUACCGAAAGCGAAAAUAGCGGAGAAAACUCUAAUCGAAACUCAUGGCGUCGCCGAAACAACAAUGCAAAUUGCUAAUUUUAGUACUGGUGAAAUUGCUAUUGGCGAAGCACCACUGGCUGCCAUCGCAAUUUCAGAUCACAUAGUUUUUAAUCCGCUAAUGGAAUUACAGCCUAUUAUUCAAGAAGAGGAAGGGCAAUUUACACCAGCUUUAAUACCGGAAAAUAAAACUGUAAACGUCAAUAUGGAAGAAGGCAAAGCAAUCGCGAGUACAGCACAUAUAACACCGGCGGAUAAAGAAUCGCCGUAUGUCGCCCAGGAACAACCUCGUAAACGCGUUGCUUUAUUUAAUAUCGAUGCUACUUAUAGUAUAGCAGAAACGACUGCGGUAGAUAUCGGACAUUCCACAGGGGAAGUAGCCAUCGAAAAGCCAAACAUGGAAACAGUAUCGUCUACACGCGAAGUAUAUCAAAGUCUCUUAGUGACUGAAGGCAUGAUUCAAGAUCGAGAAAAACCCUUCGAAGAUAAAUUCAUGCCAGAAGUACACAAAAUAGAAUUAUCUGUUGAAGAAGGCAAGAGCGUUACCUCUGUUACAGAAAUUAAAAUGGCUGAUAAAGAAGCUCCCCUCGAAACGUUACGAGAAGACAAAUCUCGCUCGGCAUUUUCAGUUAUUAUUCCUGGCCACGAAGUCGCCGAGAAAUCUGAAAUAAUUCCCAGUUCAAGCACAGGUGAAAUGAGCGAAGUUGUAGCACCGACAAAAGUAACCGCGCUAAUUGGCCAAAAACCUUUUGAGACAGUACAACUGACCGAACAAGUUCUUGUGGAGAGAGAAAUAAACAGGAUUCGGGAAACGCCACUGACAAAAACAAAAGCACGUGUUGUUUUAGAUGAAAAUAGAUUCGUCGCCAUUACAGAAUCAAUUAAUGCUCAAGACGUGGAAGAGGAAUUUGCUGCGAAAAAACUUCGCCAAGAGGCGGCAAAUCUCUUGAUGGAAGGUAAAGAAGUAGCCGAACGAAUGGAAAUUAAUUUACGCGAAGGACUUGGAGAAUUACCUGUGGCACUGAAACCGAUUAUAUGCGAAGCACAUAGAACACACUCUACUUUGGAAAGUAUUGAUGUCAGCGAAACAGUUCCUCAAGAGCAAGGCGCAAUAUUUAGUGACAAAUUCAAGUCUGAUAAGCGUAGCGCCGAGAUUAGCUUCGUUGAAGGGAAAAGUAUUACUGUAGAUCAUAUCGUAACACAAGACAAAGAAGAAACGAUGAAUAUUCCGAAAUAUGAAGAGAGUAUGGCAAAAGUAAAACUAAUAAAACCUGGCAUAGAUAUUGCACAAAAAACACAAAUAUUUAUCGAGCAAAAUACCGGAUUGGUUAAACCUUUUGAAAAGGUACAAGCGGAAGCCCACGUAAAGCAAGAUGCGUUUCAAUCUAUCGUUGUCCAUGAAGUUCCAAGUGCGGAAAGCGAAGGCACUUUUGAUAAGUACCCGAAGGUAAUAUUUAGCACAGCUAUGCCAACAUUCGAAGAGGAUCAUGGUGUAUUUAUCACGGAGAUAACAUCUGGCGAAAUCGAAGCGUCACUGAGAGAGAAAAAACAUGAAAUGUCACAAACAGCUGUCCACACUAUUGUUACCGAACACGGUAUGAUAGAGACCACGAUGGUGGAAUCACGAGUCGAUGUACCUGAACAACCUCCCGGUUACAUUUCAAUACCUCAGAUUGCUACGCCAGCCCGAGAUACGUUUGAAAGUAUUAUUGUUAAUGAAAAUAUUGCCGAAGAAAGCGAGAAGACUUUCGAUGGUCUUUUUAAACCUGCGACACAAAAAGCAAAUAUCGAUGUAACAGAGAUAAAGCCAUUACAGGUUUCAGAAACAAUUGUCGAAGACAAAGAAAAGGUAUUAGAUAUAGCUUCAAAGAGAACUGAAGUCAAAGCUACGACAGAUAUCAAUUUAUUCCAAACUAUCGAAGGUUCUUUCGUGGAAAGUAUACAAAGUACUCGAGAGCUCUCUGAGGAGAAACCACUUCCCUCUCAAGCAAAACUCAUUCAGACCACGGUGGAAACAAUAGUGAGGUCAGAAACAACGCCAGCCGAAAGGGAGGACGUUUUUGAGAGCAAGUUUCAACCCGAGAGGCAGAAAGGUAAACCGCAAUUCGAAAGUCUUACUACGGUUGUAAUUACUGAGAUAGCUUCUAAUGAAAUCGAAGACAUCUUACCUGAAGCUGUUACACCAAAACAGCACCAGGCACAAUCAAGCUUAACAGGCAGAGAAGCCGCGGAAAUUCUUCAAAUAGUUACAGCAAAUACAACUGAAGAUCUUGCAAAAUCUACCAAAUUAUACGAACAAAAGGGUAAACCAGGACUCGAAGAAUUAUCAUCUGUGACCGUUUCCGAAAUUAUUUCCAAUGAAGUUGAAGAUGUCCUAGCUAGUAAAGUUAUUCCAAAAGACCGCAAGGCUGAUUUUAAUAUUUCUGGUAGAGAAAUCGCCGAAAUAAUUCAAGUGACAACAAUAUCCGAGACCGAUGAACUUGCUACAGAAAGACCUGAAGAACAAAAAGGUAAUCGACAAGUCGAUGAAUUAAUUCCGUUAACCAUUUCACAAGUAAUUUCUAAUGAGGCCGAAGAAAUAUUAGUUAGCGCUGAGCUUCCCAAGGGGAAAAUCAAAGCGCAACCAAAUUUGCUCGGUAGAGAUAUCGCGGAAACGAUACUGACCGUAACAAUGACUAAUGCCGAAGAACUUGUUCCUAAAAAAGAAACCGAGAAACAGAAAGGUAAACUCAGCCUCGACGAAUUUACGCCUUUAACAAUUUCACAAAUAGAAUCUCAAGAAGCAGAAGAUAUUCUCGACAGUCCCAAAGUACCGACCGAGAGAACGGCGCAAACAAGUUUGUGUGGCAGAGACGUAGCAGAAACUACGGAAAUAACGGCUAUAUCAAGCCUAGGUAAAUUGGUUGAACUUCAAAAGCCCGAAAUACAAAAGGGAAAACCAAAUCUCGGGGAGUUAUUAUCCUUAAGUAUAACGCAAAUUGUAUCCAAUGAAGCGGAAGCUCUACUGCCUAGCCCAGAGAUGCCCACGGAAAAAAUGGCGCAAACUAAUUUAACUGGUAGAGAUGUAGCCGAAACAAGUCAAAUUUUAAUGAUGAUGAGUACAGAAGAACUUUCAAAACAAGUACCACCCGACGAACGUAAAGGGCAAGUACAAGUAGAAGAAUUAUCCUCCUUGACAAUAUCUCAAGUAUUAUCUCACGAAACCGAAGAAACUUUCGAGAGUCGCGAUGCACCUAGUGGACUCACAGCAAUGCCCAUGAUGUCUGGUAGAGAAAUAGCCGAGACUUCUCAGGUACUCACUGUUAGCAAUGUCGAAGAACUUUCGAGACUCGAAAGUCCAGCAAAACAAAAAGGUAAACCACGAUUGGAUGAAUUUUCGUCACUUAUGGUUUCUCAAGUAAUAUCUACCGAGACGGAAACACAAUUGCCGAGUUUAGAAAUAUUAGAUGAGAAAAUAGCCACACCACGUCUCUCAGGUAGAGAGAUAGCUCAAAAAAUCGAAAUUGUAACCGCCGCAGCCGUUGAAAAUAUACCCGAGUUGAAGAAAAAAGAUGAACAAAAGGGAAAACCAGAUGUUGAAGAAAUGAGUUGUAUUACUGUGUCUGAAGUAAUUUUUACGGAAACAGAACAAGAAUUACCGACACAGGACACUCCAAAAUCGCAAAAAGCUCUGCCAAAAUUAUCUAGCAUAGAAGUCGCAGAGAUGUCAGAAGUUUUGACAGUGAGUAACGUCGAAGAACUUGCAAAAUCACAAGUUUCCGAAGAGCAUAAAGGUAAACUAAAUUUAGACGAACUAAUGCCAUUGUCGAUCUUUGAAGUAACUUACAAUGAAGCCGAAAAGGGAUUAUCCACUCCAGAGGAACCGACUAAGCAAGUAGCCGAAAAAAGUCUGCUGGGCAUGCGCGUUGCCGAGAAAUCGCAAACACUUGCAUCAUUAACAACGGAGGAGAUGACAGAGUCUGCGAAACCUCUGACGAAAAAAAUUAUACCGGAACAAAUACCAUUUGAGACUAUAGAGCAGAUUGAAUCAAUUCCUCAUGAAAGCGAACGUUUGCUCCUUCCCGAUAAAAAGACACCAAGUACAACAGCUGAUGUUUCAUUCCAUGUUUCUGAAGGAGUCGAAAUUAUCCAAGUAACCGCUACGGAGAAAGAAGCAAAAGAAGUAAUAAGGAACUUGGAAGAAGCAAAUCAACAAAUAGCCGAGCAGAGCAUGCCAAGCAUGGGCGUUGCAGAACAGUCUCAAGUGAUAACGUCAUCAAUAACAGAAGAUAUGACAGAGUUUGUUAAGCCUGAGAUAAAGAGAAUAAUACCGGAACAAAUACCGUUUGAAAGCAUACAGCAGAUUGAAUCGAUUUCUCAUGAAAGAGAAAGUUCGCUUGUUCCUGAUAAAGCGACAUCAACCGCAACGGCCAACGUUACAUUCCGCGUUUCUGAAGGUGUCGAAAUAAUUCAAGUAACCGCUACAGAGAAGGAAACGAAAGAAAUCAUGAAAAGUUUGGAAGAAGCAACUAAACAGACAGCCGAGCAAAGUAUGCUCAGUAUGCGAGUUGCAGAACAGUCUCAGGUAAUUGCGUCGUCAACAACGGAAGAAAUUACAGAAUCCGUUAAGCCUGAAAUAAAAAGAAUAAUACCGGAACAAAUACCGUUUGAGAGUAUACAGCAGAUUGAAUCAAUUCUUCAUGAAAGCGAACAUUUACUUCUCCCCGAUAAAGAAACGCCAAGCACAACGGCUGAUGUUUCAUUCCGCAUUUCCGAAAGUGUCGAAGUUAUUCAAGUUACUGCUACGGAAAAGGAAACAAAAGAAGUCAACAGUCUCAAGUGA